AUGACCCUCCCCUGGACACGCCUAAUCCGCUUCGAAGCCACAGACGGCCGCAUCCUCCGCGGCGAGCCCGUCACCCCGGACAACAAUAACAACACAGAACUAGAUCUAGGCUUCAUCACGGAAGCAGACUCACUACAAGCCCGCGUCCUCGCCGGAGACGACAUCUUCGACACGAGCGGCAAGACGCAUCUGACGGAUGAGGUCGUCACGGUGCGAAAGAUCCUCGGGCCGCUGACGAGCGACGACGUGCCGAUUCUGCGGUUCAAGGAAGCAGGGAGAUCGCCCCCUCCUUUCCCGUCCAUCUUCUUCAAGCCCAGCACGACGGUCCACGAUCACAAUGCUCCCGUGGAGAUUCCCAAGAUUGCGCAGGACGACCAGGCGGAUUAUGAGGGAGAGCUGUGCCUCAUCAUCGGCCGCGACGCAAAAAACGUCCCUAUCGACCAAGCCCUCUCCUACAUCGCAGCCUACACCGUCGGCAACGACAUCUCUGCACGCAAGCUGCAGCGCGAUCCCGCGCUGGCCGGCCGCGUGCCGCAGUGGGGGUUCUCCAAGGGCUUCGACACGUUUGCGCCUCUGGGGCCGUGUCUGGUGUCGCGGGCGCUCAUCCCAGAUCCGAAAGAGCUGCGUCUGGAGACAAGGGUCGAUGGCGAGCUGAGGCAGAGUGAGAGCGUGGCUGAUCUCCUGUUUGACUGUGCCUAUCUCGUCUCGUACUUGUCGCAGGGGACGACGCUGCAGAAGGGGAGUGUUAUCAUGACGGGGACGCCGGGAGGUAAACUCACAGUCAAUUAUAUCAACCUGGAAUCUUUGUUGAUCAUUUCUGUUUGUCUUCUGCAGGAGUUGGCGCAGGAUUGGACCCGCCUCGAUAUCUCGUUCCGGGCACACAGAUGGACGUUUCGAUCAGCAAGAUCGGCACCUUGA